ACUCAGCAUGAUAUCUCAGCAACUGUCAUGGCGUCUCCCUUGAAGGGGGCUUGGUACCCGUUUUAGCUCGUAGUUUUCGCUCUCCUGCAGUGAAGUGAAGCCUUUCUGAGGAGGUUUGUUGGAGCGGCUGGUUAACAUGGGGACCGUCCAUGCAAAGAGUCUGGAUCCGCUCCCGAUGCAUGGCCGCGAUGUGGGCGUCCACCCAGAUGACCUGAUGGAGCCUCCAGAGUUGGAGCAGGAGACCAAGCAGGAAGUCUUGGAAAACAAAGAUGUGGUCGUCCAGCAUGUCAACAUCCAAGGGCUGGGCAGAACCAAGGAGGAUCUGCUUGGCUAUGAGAUCUCAGAUGUUUUCCAUGCCAAGAAUCUCAUCGACGUGAUGAAGAGAGCUCACAUUGCCAGACUAAGGCUUCUCCGCCUGGGAGUCUUCAAAGAGGUGGAGGUUCUCAUCGACACAUCAGAAGGUAAAGACGCUCUGCCUAACGGCUUGGAUGUCACCUUUGAAGUGACUGAGAUCAAGAGGCUGACAGGAAGCUACAACACUAUGGUUGGCAACAACGAAGGAAGCAUGGUUCUGGGUAUGAAGCUGCCCAACGUGUUCGGCCGAGCUGAGAAGCUCACGUUCCAGUUCUCCUAUGGGACAAAGGAGACUUCCUAUGGCCUGUCGUUCUUCAAGCCACAACCUGGGUACUUUGAACGCAACCUCACCCUGAACUUGUAUAAAGUCACGGGUCAGUUUCCGUGGAGCUCCUUAAAAGAGACGGACAGAGGCCUUUCUGCAGAAUUAAAUUUUCCUCUCGGCGUGACCACCCACACGCUGAAGUGGGAGGGUGUAUGGAGGGAACUGGGCUGCCUGGCACGCAGCGCUUCCUUCGCAGUGCGAGAGGAAAGUGGACACUCGCUGAAAUCUGCCCUUUCGCACACUAUGUCCAUUGAUUCAAGGAAUUCUGCUAUCUUUCCCAACAGAGGUGCCUUACUUCGCAUCAACCAGGAACUGGCUGGAUACACUGGAGGAGAUGCCAGCUUUUUGAAAGAAGAUUUUGAGCUUCAGUUGAACCGACAGCUUUUCUGGGAUUCUGUUUUGUCUGCUUCUCUGUGGGGAGGAAUGCUUCAUCCCAUCGGAGGGCAACCUUCCUGCAUCGCUGACAGGUUCUACCUUGGAGGUCCCACCAGCGUACGAGGAUUUGGGAUGUACAGCAUUGGGCCACAGAGUGAAGGUGACUAUCUGGGUGGGGAGGCAUACUGGGCAGGUGGCCUGCACCUCUACACCCCUCUACCAUUCAGGCCUGGCAAGGGAGGCUUCGGAGACCUUUUUAGAACACACUUUUUUCUCAACGCAGGCAACCUGUGCAACCUCAACUACGGCGAAGGUCCCCAGGCGCACCUCCAAAGGCUAGCUGAGUGUAUCCGCUGGUCAUAUGGGGCGGGCAUUGUGCUACGGCUCGGAAACAUAGCCAGAUUGGAGCUAAAUUACUGCGUGCCGAUGGGAGUUCAAAGUGGAGACAGGAUAUGUGACGGCGUCCAGUUCGGAGCAGGAAUACGCUUCCUGUGAUCUCCUCUCUUUGCAUUCCCUCGUCCCUUGCCUGUCUUGCAGUUUGAUGUGAAUAGGGAGAGUGUUUUGUCAUUUUGCACCUGUAACUUGUUUUGGAGUGUAACACUAGCAUGGGCCUAAGCUGUGGGAAAAUAAGCCAAACCUCCCUGUACCCUUGUUUUAUAUGUGCCACAAACGACUCCUAGAUAACAAAGUACCAGUACCAUGCAAAGUCAACUCCUCCGAGUUGAAAGAAAUACGAGGAACAUCAAUCAUGUUUCUUUGCUUUGAAAUGUCCACCUCUGGAAUUUUGAUCAAGGCAAAAUCUGUAUUUGCACCCAGUGUGUUUCAUGCAAUCAGAUGAAGCAGCCCAACAUGCUGUACACACUCAUGACAAGCUGAGCUGGUUUGAAUUAUCCAACUGCAUGACCCAACUGUAGAAGAACCUGGAGAAAACCAGCGCUUCUUCAGAACAGCAAUUAGGAAGGACACUGAAGAUGACGGGUGGAACGGUCACCUGAGCAACAUCCACCAGCAGCGCUUUUACCCCACUUCCCUUUUUGAUGUUAAAAUGUUCACCAAUAAAUCACAGCUCCUCUCUUGAA